CAUAUGCUAUUUAAUACUCAAAAGUGCAAAAAUUUCUUCUGCGUCUGGUCUUCGGCUUCACACCUCCCAAGCUUCAAGAUUCCAACCUCAUGUCUUACAUGGCGCUAGACUAAUUCUAGGGUUUCCCCCUCCCAAAUCUAAGAUUUUUCUUCUUAUAAGAUUAUCUGGAUUCCCUCAUCUGCCAAUUUGCUUUAGCGGGAUUUUGAAGAUCUCGCUCCUGAGAUUGAUUCAGGUCUUUUGAUGAGCUUAAUACAGUUCUAUGAAUCGAUUAUGGCACUUCUUUUGUUGAUUCUAUCUGAAGACCGGAUUCUCUUCUACUUCCGCUGCUGAAAUUUUGGGUUUUGGUCGGAAAAUUGAUGGAGGAGGUGGAGGCGGCUAAUAGGGCAGCCGUGGAAAGCGGCCACAGACUCCUUAGCUUGCUUGCGUCAAAGGCCGAAGAUGAGGUACAACAUAGAAGAAACAUCGUGGUGGAGACAGGAGAAGCUGUUUCCAGAUUUAGAAAGUUAGCUGCUUUGCUUGGAAAUGGUAUGGGACACGCGAGAGUGAAGAGGGCGAAGCCAUCUGCGCAACUAACUCCAUUUAAUCAUCAAAAGCUCGUCUUAGAUUCUACAUUAGCGGCAAAGGCCAGUCCCAGUACGAAUUUGUUACCAAGAACGGGAGAUUUGGACCGAAAAAUGUUUCUCGAGAACAAACCAUUGCCGCAAAUUCAUUCCGCUCCGAAUCCUGUCCAGCUUGCCUCACAGUUCCAAUAUCUUCAUCAACACCAGCAACAUCAGCAGAAUCAGGCUUUCCAGCUUCAGCAACAAAUCAAAUUUCAGGCUGAAAUGCUAAGAAGAGGGAAUAACGGUGGCAUAAACCUAAAAUUCGACACUCCUAGCUGCUCCCAGACCAUUUCAUCAACAACUCGUUCUUUUUUGUCAUCCUUGAGCAUAGAUGCGAGUGGGAGUGUUUCAGGGUUAGAUACCAAGUCUUUUAACCUGAUUGGUGGACCUCAGUCAUCGGAGCCAUCGAAUCUGCACCCUAAUUCUCGGAGGAAGUGCACUGGAAGAGGGGAAGACGGGAGUGGAAAAUGUUCCAGCAGCGGAAGAUGCCAUUGCUCAAAGAAAAGGAAGCUGAGAGUGAAGAGAUCCAUCAAGGUUCCUGCCAUUAGUAAUAAGCUUGCUGAUAUACCUCCUGAUGAGUAUUCUUGGAGGAAGUAUGGGCAGAAGCCAAUCAAGGGUUCUCCUCACCCUAGGGGAUACUAUAAAUGUAGCAGCAUGAGGGGCUGCCCUGCAAGGAAGCAUGUGGAGAGGUGCUUGGAGGAUCCUUCCAUGCUUAUUGUUACUUAUGAAGGUGAACACAAUCACAAUAGGCUAAUGUCCCAGUCUGCUCAGACCUGAAGCUAUUGGAGAUCUAUUGCAACCAUUUUCAGCUCUUUAUGUUCAAUUCCAACCUUCUCAGCAGCCUAUGAGCUCGUUUUCUGAGGAUGCUAACUUUGAUGCAGUAUUCAACAAUGUAUCAGUUGAUUUUGUGAGUUAUUGGAGUGCAAAAAAUGGUACAAAACAUCCUUGGUCUCUCCUUUAGUGAUCAACAAAGAAACGCUAGAACUCUUUGAAUAAUGAAUUUUUUUUUUAAUUAAUUUUGCACGUCUAAUGUUAACCUGCCUUUCAGCUGAACUGCAGGCAAUCCUAUUUAGAAUUGUUAAUGAUGGCCUGACCAAACAACACGCAUAGAUAUCUGAGCCUGUGACUUAUACUUUCAAUUUAAUGGUUGCUUUUAGUGUUUGCCGAU